GUUCCCCAGCUGCCUGUCAAAAACGCUGCUACGAGGCAGGAAAUAGUUCGGAAUCAUUCCCAGUUCCAACUUUGUGCCGAGCGCAUAUCCCAGUUCCCUGUCGAAUAAAUAAAAUUCUGCCUUCAAUCAAUAACAAACGAAUCGAUGAGAAUGUCUACGUUCAAGAUCUUGCUGAUCUUCUGCUGUUGCAGGUUGCAGGUUGACGGCCCAGCAUGCAGGCAGAAUGCAGCAAUUGGCUUUGGGGAUAGCCGGAUGUGGAAUUGACUUUAAGGAUAUGAAAAUGGCACAUCAAAUGGGCGAGCACGAAGCCAAACGGAAGAGCUUAAGUAAACCAUACAAAAAACAGUCCCCAAAAUAAAAGAGAGUACAAAAACAACAGCAACACAAAAGCAACACUGCCGGAACAACAGCAGCACAAUAGCAACAAAAGCAGCCUCAAAUCAGCAGAAGGAAGUCGCAACAGAGCGAAAAGAAAAGAAAAGUGAAAGCCAAAAGCCGAAAGCCGAAAGCCCAAAUUGUAAAUGCUCCGUGUAAACACUUGAAAGCUCGUUAGGAUAAUACAUCCUGUGCCUGACACACACACACACUGGGAAAAGGAAGAGCGGCGGCAGGUAGGGAGACGCUGAUGAGGGCAUCUCGUUGUGUCACGAUGCGCUGCCAACAGUGUCUGAGUAGCCACCAUCAGGACAAGCUGAAUCAGCAGCAGCAGCAGCAGCAGCAGCAUCACUGCCAGCACACCCACACACACACAAGCACAGGAGACACACAGCAGGUAGAGCAGCAGCAGCAGCAACAGCAGCAGGACGAGUGCCCGUUUCAGGCCAUUGCCAUUGCAUAGUCGCGCUUCCGUUUCCGUCUGCUCACUCGCUUGCCUCAUUUCCGCUGCGGCUGCAAUUAAGCGAAAUAACCCCCGAAAAAGCAGCAACAAAAUGGCGCACGAGACAAACUUUAAUGAUGCACUCGACUACAUUUACAUCGCCAACACGAUGAAUGAUAAUGCCUAUCUCAUAGCCGAACCCCAACCCGAUCUACCCGAUGACGACCACGACAAGGAGCAAGAGGAUGAGGACGAUGAUGAAAAGUCGCUGGAGGUGCAGGACACAAACAACAAUAAGCAGCGAAAACAUUACUACGGCUCUGUGCCCAAGAAGAGAAAACAUUUUCCGAGCACCCUAGGCAUGAGUCCGCCUACCACCGACCAUACCGCCGCCCCUACCUCACCCCUGACCACAGCCGCGCUGGCGGCAGCAGCUGCCAGUGCCUCGGUGGCCGCCGCAGCAGCCAGGAUCACAGCCAAGGCUGCACACCGAGCACUGACCACCGCAGGAGGAUCCCUCAAUGGCAAGGAGGUAGCCAUGGCGACGGCAACGGCAACAGCAACAGCAACGACGCUCCAGCUCAUUGAUCUGGACAACAAUUAUACGAAUGUGGCCGUGGGCCUGGGGGCAAUGCUGCUCAAUGACACACUGCUCCUGGAUGGCAUCAGCAGCAGCAGCAGCAACAGCAACGACUCAAUGCUGGGCCUCUUCGGUGUGAUGGUGAAUCAGAGCGGGCAACUGGAUACGGCCAAUGGCAAUGGCACGGCCAUCAAUGUGACGACAAGCGAAGUGGCCGAGGAUGAUUUCACGCAUCUGCUGCGAAUGGCAGUGACAUCGGUGCUGCUUGGACUGAUGAUACUGGUGACCAUCAUUGGAAAUGUGUUUGUUAUAGCUGCCAUCAUACUGGAACGAAAUCUGCAGAAUGUGGCCAACUAUUUGGUGGCCUCACUGGCCGUUGCUGAUCUGUUUGUUGCCUGCCUGGUGAUGCCCCUGGGAGCUGUAUACGAGAUCAGCCAGGGCUGGAUACUUGGACCGGAGCUGUGCGACAUUUGGACAUCCUGCGAUGUGCUCUGCUGCACUGCCUCCAUUCUGCACUUGGUGGCCAUUGCCGUGGAUCGCUACUGGGCGGUGACCAACAUUGACUACAUCCAUUCGAGGACCAGCAACCGGGUCUUCAUGAUGAUCUUCUGUGUGUGGACGGCGUCGGUGAUUGUCUCGCUGGCGCCGCAAUUUGGCUGGAAGGAUCCGGACUAUCUGCAGCGCAUCGAGCAGCAGAAGUGCAUGGUCUCGCAGGAUGUGUCCUAUCAGGUUUUUGCCACCUGUUGCACGUUCUAUGUGCCGUUGCUGGUUAUCCUGGCGCUUUAUUGGAAAAUCUAUCAAACGGCCCGCAAACGCAUUCAUCGUCGACGACCGCGGCCGGUCGCUGCGGCUGUCAAUAAUAAUCAGCCGGAUGGAGGUGCGGCAACAGAUACAAAACUUAAUCGACUGCGUCUACGCCUUGGAAGAUUCUCAACAGCCAAGACCAAGAGCGGAAACCUAGCAGGAGGAGCUGGUGGCGCUGCGGCAGUAGGAGCAGGAGGAGGCGGCGGAUCCACUGGCACGGCCCUGUGCCUGGUCGAAGGCAACUCGACAAAUACGGUCAACACUGUGGAGGACACCGAGUUCAGUAGCUCGAAUGUGGAUAGCAAGAGUCGUGCUGGCGUCGAGGCACCCAGCUCAUCGGGCAACCAGAUAGCCACCGUCUCCCACCUGGUUGCCCUGGCCAAGCAGCAGGGCCAGGCGGCAACAAAGUCGGUGGAGAGCAAUGGCGCUGUAGAGAUUGGCUGCGGCGGGGAGCACGAGCCAGCAGCCACAACCGCAACAUCAGCAAUGCCGGCGGUGGCCACGGGCAUCACAGCAUCAGCAGCAGCAGCAGCAGCAGCAGCGCCAGCAACGGCAGCCGCAUCCCCCACAGCAACAGCAGAAGCAGCAGCAGCAGAUGGGGAAUACUGCGAAGAGGGCAAGGCGAAUGGCUCGGGGGCUGCCGUGGAGGUGCUCGAGGAUCCUCAACUGCAGCAGCAGCUGGAACAAGUGCAGCAACUACAAAAAAAUAGCAAAUCCGGUGGCGGCGGCGGUGGUGGGGGGGCGAGCACUUCGAAUGCCACAACGAUUACAUCAAUAUCAGCACUGUCCCCACAGACGCCCACAACGCCGACAGUGGGUGGCGGCCCUGGGGCACAGCAGGCGGCCGGUCCGAUGACGGCCAAAACCAGUACGCUGACAAGUUGCAACCAGGAACAUCCGCUGUGCGCCUCCACCAGCUCCAUGCCCGUGACGCCCGAGCCGCGAUCCAAACAGCACCCGGGCUCUGCUCAUCCCGCGGGGCAACAGCAGCAGCUGUCGAGCAUUUCCAAUCCCAUGCAGAAGGUGAACAAGCGCAAGGAGACGCUGGAGGCGAAGCGCGAGCGGAAGGCGGCCAAAACACUGGCCAUCAUCACGGGCGCAUUCGUGGUCUGCUGGCUGCCCUUCUUCGUGAUGGCCCUGACGAUGCCCCUGUGCGAUGCAUGCCAGAUCAGCGACAGCGUGGCCUCGCUCUUCCUCUGGCUGGGCUACUUCAACUCCACCCUGAAUCCGGUCAUCUACACCAUCUUUAGUCCGGAGUUCCGGCAAGCCUUCAAGCGCAUUCUAUUCGGCGGACACCGGCCAGUCCACUAUCGCAGUGGGAAGCUUUAGAUAGUGCACGCGAAGAGGCGAAGACGCUUCUGCUAAGCCGGCAAGUGGAUGCAGGUCUUGCCUCUUCGGCGGUACACAACAGAUAUUCGGGGGGGGCAGAGAGCAGAAAAACAAAUUGUAUACUCAAAGAGGACUUACGAUGACUUACGAUGGAUGCAUAAACCCAAAACCCAAUCCCUAGAACAUAAGAGGGUGUAAAUAGUUGAGCUAAAUGUGGUUAAUUUAAUGUUUAAACGUUUAUGUUCUACCUAUGCAAGUACGAGUACUUACUAUAAUUCUAGUUAAAUCGCUGUUAGAACUAGCUACAAUUUGUAAAUGCCAAGUGGAGACUGUUUUUGGAAGCAAAGUGAAGCGUUGAAUUGAUUGAAAUGCCACCAAGAAAUACAAAAAUCAAUAGAUAUAUAAUCAAAAUAAUUCGUUUUAAGCGGUUAAUCCCCCCCAUAGGCCAGUAAAUAUAAACAUAAACAUAUUUGUACACUUAGAGCUCUCUAAUUCCUAAACUUUGUAUGUGUGUUUUGAACUUGAUGUGAGGUAUCCUCGUAUAGGUAUUGGCCAUAAAUCUAUAGCUAAUAGCGUUCGUUCCCUCUCUCUCGCUGGAACGUGUAUGAUUGGAAUCGUUAUAACUGAAGCGAGUACUCGAUUAUGUAUAUUAUUAUGGCUAUAUAAUAAUAGAGACAUUCAAUGUGUGCAAUGAUCUAGGCCAUCGGCUAUGCAUGUUAGGCUUAAGAGAAUUUGUUGAGCCUCCCACUAUACGGUACUGUAAUAUCGAUAGAUUGUAAUGCAAGAAUCAGUUUAAAUGAAAUUUAAACGUAUUGUUAAAGCCACACCUAGGUAAAUCACUUGUGUACAUUUAACGUUGUUGUAUUAUGACUAAUACUAAGUGCGAGUUGGUUAUUGUGGGCAAGGAUUUCUUUGAAUAAGAUGGCAUAUUGUUAGCAUAUUGUUCGCCUGCCUGUCUCGGGCAGCGAAGACCUGUAAUAUUUGGAGAGCAAACUACUUUCGGGAAAAAUGGGUAACACAUAAUUAGCAAAACAUACAAGAAACCAGACGGACGCGCGCAAGACAGCAGACAGACGCGACAUACAUUAUAGUUAAGAUUAAGCGAAUAUCACAAUAUUUUACAAACUACUCGAAACCGAAAUCAAAACUCUAUGAAAUCUUUAAGCAGAAACCAUUUCUUAGCCACUAAGUGUUUAUCCGAUACAUACUUGUGUGUCGUCUAUCUAUAUGGAUGUAACAAUAAAAGUCCAAAGUCAAGUCCGACUUGUGCCAUGCCAAGGAAUAGUUCUGAACAACACCCACACAACUUAUCCAGUCAAAAACUUUCUACUUCAUUUCGUUUGAGUUGAUUUCAAUGAUUAACUUUCAUUUCAAACAUUGGCGCGCAUUUAGGAGAGAACUAUUGCUUGGCAUGAGAGACAAUUGUGACUUGGAGCCACUCACUCAUCAUCAAAAACAGGCAUAAGUUAUACUAACAAACUACUAUUAACUAACAUUGGCUGCAAAUUAAAUAAAACUUCAAUUUCAUUCAAA